CCUCAGAAGAGAGUGUACAUGGAGAAGACCACCAUGGCUGAGCUGAACAAAGCCGGCUCCCGCUCCACCACCUCCCUGCCCCCGGAGCCCGUCGACAUCCUGCGCAGCAAGUCAUGCUUCCGGCGGGUGCGUCUCAAUGUGGGGGGCCUGCCACACGAGGUGCUAUGGAGGACCCUGGACCGCCUGCCCCGAACGAGACUGGGUAAACUACGAGACUGCAACACCCAUGAGACCCUGAUGGAGGUGUGUGAUGAUUACAACCUCGAAGAGAACGAGUAUUUCUUCGACCGUCACCCCGGGGCGUUCACUUCCAUCCUCAACUUCUACAGGACGGGGAAGCUGCACAUGAUGGAGGAGAUGUGUGCUCUGUCCUUCAGUCAGGAGCUGGACUACUGGGGCAUUGAUGAGAUCUACCUGGAGUCGUGUUGCCAGGCAAGGUACCACCAGAAGAAGGAACAGAUGAAUGAGGAGCUGAAGAGGGAAGCAGACAACAUGAAGGACAGAGAGGGAGAGGAGUUUGAUAACACGUGCUGCGCCGAGAAACGCAAAAAGCUGUGGGAUCUGCUUGAGAAGCCCAGCUCAUCUGUGGCAGCCAAGAUUCUGGCAAUCAUCUCCAUCCUCUUCAUCGUUCUCUCCACCAUCGCCUUAUCACUGAACACCCUCCCUGAGCUCCAAGACACAGACGAGUACGGCCAGUCCACAGACAACCCCCAGCUGGCCCACAUCGAGGCAGUGUGCAUCGCCUGGUUCACCAUGGAAUACCUUCUCCGCUUCCUGUCCUCCCCAAACAAAUGGAAAUUCUUCAAAGGCCCUUUAAAUGUCAUUGACCUGCUGGCUAUCCUCCCCUACUACGUCACCAUAUUCCUAACAGAAUCCAAUAAAAGUGUCUUGCAAUUCCAAAAUGUCCGCCGCGUUGUGCAGAUUUUCCGGAUCAUGCGAAUCUUGCGAAUCUUGAAGUUGGCUCGCCACUCCACCGGUCUACAGUCUUUGGGGUUUACUCUCAGAAGAAGCUACAAUGAGCUUGGUCUACUUAUUCUUUUUCUGGCUAUGGGGAUAAUGAUCUUUUCUAGCUUGGUGUUUUUUGCAGAGAAAGAUGAAGAAGACACAAAGUUCAAAAGCAUUCCAGCUUCAUUCUGGUGGGCGACGAUCACCAUGACAACUGUUGGCUAUGGAGACAUCUAUCCAAAGACUCUGCUUGGGAAAAUAGUUGGAGGAUUAUGUUGUAUAGCUGGAGUAUUGGUCAUUGCCCUACCUAUCCCAAUCAUUGUAAAUAACUUCUCAGAGUUUUACAAGGAGCAGAAGAGGCAGGAGAAAGCACUUAAACGAAGGGAGGCACUGGAAAGGGCGAAACGUAAUGGUAGCAUUGUGUCCAUGAAUCUAAAGGAGGCGUUUGCCCGUAGCGCAGAGUUGAUGGACGUCGUAGUGGAGAAAAGUGAAAGACCACAUGACAACCAUCUCUCACCGAGUAAGUGGAAGUGGACCCCCAAGAGACAGCCCUCAGAAACAAGCUCAAAUCGGUCAUUUAACGCUCAAGAGAUGGGUUCUCCAAGCAAGUCCAGGAGUCCCCAAAGAAUCAAUGUGCAGAAGUUGGAGGAGAUGUAUAACCAGAUGGCCAAAACGCAAUCACAGCCCAAUCUGAACGCUAAAGGGUCCCGGGUGGGCAAGCACAGAGAUGAGAUCGAGCUAGACCCAAUUCAAGACCAUGGUGCAGUGGUUCUAGGUGGAAUUGGGGAUAUGAAAAGCUUGUCUAGCAUUGACAGUUACAUCAGUUGUGCCACAGACUUUCAGGAAAAUACACGUUUCUCACAUGGUCCCACAAUAGACUUGGGUACUCAGGAGACAAACCUUUUCUCGCACAGUCCUGUCAUAGCACUGCCCAGUCAGGCUAGCAUCACAGCUGGUCAAAAGCACACAUCAGAGUCCAUACUCACGCCAGUUUCAGUCACAAAACCAACAUGUUCAGAAACUGCCAAGAAAUUGUUCUUUUCUGGAAACUCCUCAAAGGUUCUUGUGUCUAAAGGGAGUAGCCGCAGUGAUGGGGAGUCUGGACCCUCCCCUCUUUCGGAUUCGUCCGUUCUGUCAGACUCUUUGUUGAGCCCAGAAGUUUCAGUCUACACCACCGCCAGCAGCAGGACCCCGCCCAAGUCCCCUGAAUGCGCUUCACUUGGGCCCACAGUUUUCACUUUCCAUGACUCAUCCAUCAGUAAGUACAUUGAUGCGGACACAGAUGACGAUGAACAUCACAGGGAUGUUUCGGACACAAGCCCAUCAGAAAGGCUGCUUUCAAGAUCUAGUCCCAAGUGCAACAUAAGCAGGAACUACCAGAGGGGCACCAACCAUUUUGAGACAGCACAAAAAAUGCUGGGGCAAAACUGUUUGUUCCCAUUGGGUAUUCACGAGAACCACGUUGGACCUGAGAUGGGACGUGGACGAAAGGGGGACAGAGGGCGGCAAAAUACUUUAGACAAAAAUCUUUGAGGUUCAUUGGUAGAUAAAAAAAAACUCAUAAUGGAUGAGAAUUGUGGCUAAAAACAAAGCCUACAUUACCUGAACACACCACCAGGGGGUUUAGGUUAGAAAAAGAGUGGUGCGGUGGAUACUCUGGGAACACCUUUAAAUUUUAGAAUGUCACUGCCCCGUCUUCAGUUCAUUCCUAAUACUUUUACUUUUUGGAAAACUUCAGAGCCCUCCUGGUAGCCAAAUGAUGUGAUCUGAGAUUCCUUUGGGAAUUAUUUUCACAGCUAUGAAUUUUCUGUGCUGAAUGUGGAGUCUCUGUCUCGAAAAGGGAAAAAAAAAUCCAACUGCCCCCUGUCCCAAGUCACAUUUUGUAGUGGAAAUACAGGAGAGGACCUAUAAGCCUAUAAGCUACUAACUUGUGCCCACCAUUCCCAAUCCUGGCCUUAGUCAUCGACGUUUGUAGGGCGUGUGCAUGUCCUCGAGUGUGCAUGGCAGUGUGAAUGGAUACAGUGAAUACACUGUUGAGAUUGUCUUAGCUGAUUUAUUUUUAUA